UCCCUCAAGCGCACCUGCGCCCCAAUCCACACAAGCAGCUCGGGAGUUUGAAGGCGAACUCAAACCAACCAUGCCGAAGGAGAAGCCUCACGUCAACCUGGUGAUCAUCGGCCACGUGGACAGCGGCAAGUCCACCACCACGGGCCACCUGGUCUACAAAUGCGGCGGCGUCGACCAGAGGAACCUGGAUAAGUUCGAGAAGGCCGCGGCGCAGUUGGGCAAGAGCUCGUUCAAGUUCGCUUGGGUGCUGGACAAGCUGAAGGCGGAGCGCGAGCGCGGCAUCACCAUCGACAUCUCGCUGCUCAAGUUCGACACGCAGAAGUACUCCAUGACCGUCAUCGACGCGCCGGGUCACCGGGACUUCAUCAAGAACAUGAUCACGGGGACGUCACAGGCCGACGUCGCGCUGCUGGUGGUGUCGGCGGCCAAGGGCGAGUUCGAGGCGGGCGUGUCCCGCAGCGGCCAGACGCGCGAGCACGCCCUGCUGGCCUACACGCUGGGCGUCAAGCAGAUGCUCGUGUGCGUCAACAAGAUGGACGCCACCGAGCCGCCGUACUCCCAGAAGCGCUUCGACGAGGUGGCGCGCGGCGUCGCCGGUUUCCUCAAGAAAAUCGGCUACGACCCCAACGCCGUGCCCUUCGUCCCCAUCUCCGGGUGGACGGGCGAGAACAUGGUCGCUGCCACGCAGAAGAUGGCGUGGUUCCAAGGAUGGAAAGUGCGCCGGCGAGACGGCAACGCCAACGGCAAAACUCUGCUGGAGGUGCUCGACUCGGUUCAAGCGCCCGUGCGCACGAUCAAUAAACCGUUGCGAUUACCUCUGCAAGAUGUCUACAAGAUCGGCGGAGUGGGGACCGUCCCCGUGGGGAAGAUCGAGACGGGCGUCCUGAAGCCGGGCAUGACGCUGAUGUUCUCGCCCGCCAAGGUGACCGCCGAGGUCAAGUCCAUCGAGAUGCACCACCAGGGCUUGGACACGGCGCUCCCGGGCCACAACGUGGGCUUCAACAUCAAGAACGUGUCUGUCAAGAACCUGAGGCGCGGCGAUGUCGCCGGCAACGCCCAGCGGGACCCGCCCUCGGACGUCAGGAGCUUCGAGGCCCAGGUGAUCAUCCUGAACCACCCGGGUCGGAUCAAGGCGGGCUACUCGCCGGUGCUGGACUGCCACACGGCGCACGUGACCUGCCGCUUCGCCGAGCUCAAGGAGAAGCUGGACCGGUGCACGGGCAACCGGCUGGAGGAGCGCCCCCAGCUGCUGAUGUCGGGCGACGCGGCCACCGUCAAACUGGUGCCGGUCAAGCCCAUGUGCGUGGAGAGCUUCUUCACCUACCCUCCGCUCGGUCGCUUUGCUGCAAGAGACCUGAAGCAAACUGUGGCAGUCGGUGUCAUCAAAUCAGUGGAGAAGGAGAAAGGCUCCAAAACCAAAGUGUCUAAAUAAGUUGAAUUAUUUCUUUUUUUUUUUUUCUUGCAUAUAACAUAAAAGAGGCUUUAAGUUGAGUUUUAAGAUGUAUUUAUGUUGACUUGUAGCAGAAAGCUGCAGAAUUUUGGUUGGAAAUAAAACAUUUGACCAGAAACUCAA